AUGUCGAAUAAAAGCGCCAUACCGAUCCUGGAGCAGCAGCAGGAACAACAACAACAACAACAACAACAACAACAACAACAACAGUUGCUGAGCCGUGGUAGUCCUUACGGACUGCUGCAAAACGCCCGGAGAAAACUGCAGUGCUCGCAACUCCCAGUGCGUUGUGUCUCUACUCGUCAGCACCAGGAUUGCAGACUAGUGAACUCGCUGCGGAAGUUCCCGGUUCUGGGGGCGCCGAGGAGUCAAAUUUCCAGCUCAUCCAGGAAAAGUUUGUCAAUGGUCGACCUCUCGCCCGCUCUGGUUUAUGACGAAUCCAAGGCUAGCUCUGAGAACCGCAAGUCGUCGACGCGACUCGGGGACGGCGACGAGAUGGUCCCGGUUCAGAGCCUCGCGGCGAGCUCGAACACCUGUCGCACGCAGACCUUGACGCAAGAGUCCCGGGCGUCAAGCCUCAUCUGUCACGCCCUCGUCGUCAACUCAUGGCGGCGUAGACGCGAGGAGGUUGUCCAGCUUCGCGCCUCCGUCGCCGUUCUCGAUCAGAACCUCGAGCACUUCAAAAUACAGAUCGUCGUGCUGCGCCGACUCCUCGACAAUGAGAACAGCCGAGUGGCCAAUCUUGCCGGGGAGCUCCACAAGGCCAGGGCUCACGUCGACGACAUCUCCAAGGAGCGCGAUCAUUUGAAAAUGGAAAAAGAAAGUACAGAGGAAGAAAUGCAGAAGCAGCGAGAGAUUGCAGAGGAUCGAUUGGUGACAGUUGAAAAUCUACGAAACGAGCUACGAAGCUUGCGCGAUCAAGUGAAUUUACUCGACAAGCAGAUCGAGAAGGAUAGAGAGAAGCUGCUCAAGCUUACCGAGGACAAAAAAGUUCUUCUCGAGAAAGUUUCGGUGAGCGAGGCCCUGGCCGUGGUGAGGGGCGAGUGCGUUCAUAAGACGGAAUUGUCGCUCGAGGAAAUGAAGAUGAAAUUCGACGACCAAAUCGCCUCGACCAACUCGUUGCAAGAGGAGCUACACCGCUGUUUCAACGAUUUGAAAGAAAAGGAAGAUGAAAAGAUGAAAAUGGAGAAGACGGUGUGCAAGAUGGAGAAUGAUAACGAGAGGCUUAGGGAAUGUUUGAAAACGAGCGAGGAAAUGGAAAGGAAGCUGAGCUCGCGAGUGGCAGAACUGGAGAGUAAAUUGCUAGAACAAGAACUGAAAAUACAUCAAUUUGAUAUAUUAUGCAACGCUCAAGUGGAGGAGCUGAAUGAUCUAAGGGAGAAACUAUUAAGGCAAUCGGAGGAUAGCUGCUGGAGUAGUAAAGUUUUGAAAUUUGCUAGUAGCGUCGUGCGUGUACCAAGAGCCAUUCUUCGCACCAUAUCAUAUUUCACAUUGGGGAUGUCAGUGAUUUUAUAAA